AUAUAUGUUCUGUACAGGUUUUAGGGUUUCUUGGGCAGCCGCAGUAGAAGCAAAGAAGUAGAAAUUGGUUGGAGGCAGAGAUCUCAGCCGCCGCGAAACAUGGUCGAGAAGACGGGAAAAGGCAGAAAAGAGGAGGUCGUCACCAGAGAGUACACCAUCAACCUCCACAAACGUCUCCAUGGAUGUACAUUUAAGAAGAAGGCUCCAAAGGCCAUAAAGGAAAUCAGGAAGUUUGCCCAAAAGGCCAUGGGAACAACUGAUGUCAGGGUUGAUGUGAAGCUGAACAAGCAUGUAUGGAGCCGUGGUAUACGGAGUGUACCAAGGAGAAUCCGGGUUCGCGUUGCACGGAAGAGAAAUGAUGAGGAGGAUGCUAAGGAGGAGUUCUACUCACUGGUGACCGUGGCUGAGAUCCCUCCAGAGGGAUUAAAGGGGUUGGGCACUAAGGUCAUUGAUGAGGAAGAUUGAGUAGUAGUUUAAUAAUAGGCGUAUCCUGUGUUUCCAAAUUUUGGAUAUUUUUAUUUAGAUAAGCAAUUUGUGGUGGGUUCUAUAUGUAUUCUGUUCGGAACCUGUUUUAUGGUUAGUUUGGCUUACAUGUCCAAUCCUUCAUUUAUACUGAUGUUGCAGUUUCUUCCUAUAAUGCUUUUUU